AUGGCGACAGACGCGACCGAGACACCCGCCGCGGGGCUCGAGGCCGCCGCCGCGGUCAAACCGAAGCUUCACGGUCGGGCCUUCUACGAGAGCAUCGGGAGCCCAAAGUACAUUUUGGCUCCCAUGGUUGAUCAGUCCGAAUUUGCCUGGCGAAUGCUCAGUCGAUCCUUCAUCCCUGCCGAGGAGCAGUCCAAUCUGCUCGCAUAUACCCCCAUGCUUCAUGCGAGGCUGUACAACGAGACCGAGAACUACCGCCAGGGCCACUUCCAAGCCGUGCGUCCCGGCAGCAGCAGCACGACCGCGGCCGCGACCACAGCCGAACCCGCCGCCCCGUGGCUCGACGGCAACCCCAAGAUCGACAGGCCCCUCUUCGUGCAGUUCUGCGCAAACGACCCGGACGCCCUCCUCGGCGCCGCGCUCAAGGUCGCGCCGUACUGCGACGCCGUCGACCUCAACCUCGGCUGCCCGCAGGGCAUCGCCAAGAAGGGCAAGUACGGCGCCUUCCUCCAGGAGGACCAGGACCUCAUCUUCAGGCUCAUCAACAACCUCCACAAGAACCUCCCCAUCCCCGUGACGGCCAAGAUCAGGGUGCUGGAGACCAAGGAGGCCACGCUCGCGUACGCGAAGAACGUGCUGGCCGCGGGGGCCUCGAUCCUCACGGUGCACGGCCGCCGCAGGGAGCAGAAGGGACACCUGACGGGGCUUGCGGACUGGGGCAUCAUCAAGUGGUUGAGGGGCCAGCUGCCGCCCGAGACGGUGCUCUUCGCGAACGGGAACAUCCUGCAGCACGGGGACCUCCAGCGCGCGCUGGAGGCGACCGGGGCCGACGGCGUCAUGAGCGCCGAGGGGAAUCUCAGCGACCCGGCCAUCUUCGGGAGGGAGCCGGAGCCAGGGAGCGAGGUGGAGAAGAGGGAGUACUGGCGCGGGAGGGACGGCAGGGGCGGGUGGAGGGUAGACGCGGUCAUGAGGCGGUACAUGGACAUCCUGCACCGGUACGCGGCCGGGGUGGAUCCGCCAACCAGGCGGCCGCUGUUCGUGCCCGGAGACGACACGGCGUGGAUGGAGGAGAUGGACAGGGCGGCGGCGGAGGAGGAGGAGCCGUCGCGGAAGAAGAGGAAGAAGGACGCCUCGGGGCCCAAGGCGAGCAGGAAGGAGAGGACGCAUAACCCCAACUACUCGGCCAUGCAGCCGCACAUGUUCCACAUGCUGAGGCACUUUGUGACGAAGCACACGGACGUGCGGGACCUGCUCGGCCGCAGCCGGGCGGGGGAUCUGGAGGCGUACGAGGACAUUCUGAGCAGGGUCGAGAGGAAAGUCGCGGACGGGCUGCUCGAGUACGAGAGGAGCGAGGGCAAGGUGUUUGAGGAGGCGGAUGGCGCUGCUGAGGAUGAGGAAAUCGUGGAGGAUGGGGAGAGCUCGAGGGGGGCUAUCAGGAGGUGUCAGAGGCCGUGGUGGGUGGUGCAGCCCAUUAUCAGGCCGUUGCCGAAGGAGGCGAUGGCGAAGGGGGCGGUGUCGUUGAGCAAGAAGGACAAGGCCAAGUUGGCGCAGGAGAAUGGGGAGACGAACGGCGAGGCGAAGGAGCAGACUGUGGAGGAGAAGGUCUUGGAGACGGAUGAUAAGUUGAUUGCUGGAUGA